AUGCUGUGUGGAGAAAUAGCUGUAGUCUAUUGUUGGGUUGAAAUCGUUCAGAGUCCGUUUGAUUCCUUCAUUUGCAGUGAGCGGUCCGUAUUGGCAGUGGUUGGUCUCUGUCAUCCUGAGACACUCUUCUUUCGAAAUCGGGAGUGUCUCGCUGGUGGUCACAUUCCUUCCUUCCCCGAUUAAGUUUUCCCAGUACUCUACCUUCUGUCUUAUAAUGACACACCUACUUGCCUUGACUUCCCUGGCUUCCAUAUUUACCCGAUACACUUGCAGUCUUAAUUUGACCUUGGUACCCGGUAACCACUCUGAACAAGACAUACCUCGGUGUUGUAAGUCGAUCACUCUUGCGGGGGCCACCUCAUUGCACAUCAUUGCCGACUGCC